AUGAAAAAAUAAAAUCCAUCAAAAAGGAGACCAUCUUUUUGUUUAUUCAAUAAAAACACAUCUCUCUCUGGUUGUCAGGCGAUUUCCUGUUUAGCCCUAGGGGGUUGGAACUUGAAAGAAAACGCUGCUGAAAUUUUAUCUGCCUUCAGGAACAGGACGCGCCUGGACGAUGGAGAAAAACGAGACAGGGUGCCAAGCUGCUCCAGAAGCUCCUACCCUUUGCGUCAAUAAUUGCGGAUUUUUCGGCACCCCAGCAACUAUGAACAUGUGCUCAAAGUGUCACAAAGACAUAAUUAUGAAGGAAGAACAAGCAAAACUUGCUGCAUCUUCCAUCGAGAGCAUCGUCAAUGGAGGUACUCCAAAUAACAUCAACAAAGAGUCUGUUGUUGCCUCUCAAUCUCCCAUGGCACUCCCCAUCUCAGCAGGGUCAGAAGUGAUCCUAUUGACCCAACCAUCUUCUGCCACACAGGCUCAAGCUGAGAGCAGUGAGAAGCCAAAAGAGGGUCCGGCCGCGGGUCCCUCCAGAUGUACCACAUGCAGAAAAAGAGUCGGAUUAACGGGCUUCAAUUGUCGUUGUGGGCAUGUUUUCUGCUCGGUGCAUCGUUACUCUGAUAAGCAUGACUGCCAAUUUGACUACCGGGCCACUGCAAAAGAUGCUAUAGCCAAAGCGAACCCGGUGGUCAAAGCUGAAAAGCUUGACAAGAUAUGAAGCAGUCGAGAUAUGUUAUGGGUGAGUGUCUUAUUUGUCAUUGUCCUUGCUUUAGUUAUUGAUAUAUGGUUUGAUGGAAUGAUUUAUAGGGCAUGGCCGGCCUUGCAUACUGAAGUACUUAAGUGCAUCUUGUUUUAUCAUCUGAGUUUUAUGUCAGAGUGGUUAUUUUAUGCUUGUUUGAUGGACAAUUCUUGUGGUUUAUCUUGUAGUUUUUCUGACAUUUGUAUGUGGAUAGUCAAGUUUCAUUCCUGA